AUGUCCAACAAUAUCGAAUGGAAAGAUCCAAAUCCUUUGCUUGAGGGAGUCUAUGCUUUGAACGCCUAUACAUCACGGCACAAGGAGCAAGAAAGUUGGAUAACCACCAUUGAAACCAGUUUAGCCAGUGAAAGGUACAAUCCCCACAUAGCACAUCAGUCACCGGGGGCCAAACAAAACUGUUAUACAUCCCUGCUCAUUCGGAUAACCCUCUCGAGAAAUUUUAAAGACCCCGUCCCGUGGGUCCCUAUAUACGCGAUUAAUUUCUUUGACAUGGACCCAUGA